AUGAGCCCUGCAGGACUGAGCGCUCCCUGCGGCCCCAAUUCGGGGACCGCAUCUGUAUUCUUCACUCCAUUUCCGGACAGGCAUGUGCUUCAGUCACUGUUCGUCAGGCCUAGGGUCCGUCUGCAGCGCAUCUGGCAGCUGUCUAGAUGUCGCGUUGAUGCUCAGGCUCUGGCUUUCGAGACCCCACCCAAGCUGAGAUGUCAACUCCACCGCGCUCUGGUUGCUCUGACUGAGACAAGUGGCUCAGAUCCAAGCCCCCAGCCUGGCUUCCCCCAGCAUCCCACCCCCGUCCAGCUCGUCCAGAGGAGGCAAUCGAGCUCGAGAGGUACAAGAAGCAAGCGCAGCAUCCAGGAUGGGAGCGGUCACAGGUCCACCCCGUUGCUAACCCGGAGAGGGCUCCCUGCCACCCUGAAUCAGGAUCCCCUUGCCAAGAAGACUCACUCUCCACCCCCUGUGGCCAGUCAGCUCUGGGAGGGCAGGGACCUCUCCUCCUUGGGCAAAGAGAUUUCCGGAAGGAGGCUGAGUGGCUGCACGCUCCAGGCCCAUGCGAGCGGCGAUACGCAUGUCAUGUGCACUGCAUGCGCCCUCAGACUGUGGCUUUGCAAAAUAUGUAUCCCUCUUCAGCUUGAUUCUCCCCUCAGGGACAAGUCCAGUGACUCCCGUGUGCAUUCCCUUGCCUUACGCCAGUUUGAGGUGCGAAUCGGGCCCUGCGAGACCACAGUGGAAUUGCUCCAGCCCUCCCUUAGCUCGCACAUGUACAUUUCACUUGCCCCGCAGCCAGCGGGUGCAGCACAAGGGCCAGAAUCUGAUCUCGUUCUGGUUUCACACCAGCAUAGCCCCAUUGAUUGCAGCAGAGCUGCUCCUUUUUGACACUGGGGAAAGCGAGUGGAGAAUCCAGCCCGGUGUCUCAGUAGUGAGGCUAUUGAUUGCCGAGUCUGGCGUCCCCUCCCCUGCUGUUAAAUGAGUCUUCUGUUCUGUUCCUCGUCCUGCUGUUCUUCCU